GUUAGAACAUCACUAAUAGUGAGAAAGGAAGCUGGGAAGAGGCUAGGAAGAGAAACAACCGUCCUGUUAACAAAAGCACUGUCCUGUCCCUGCGGACCGACCAGUAGAAGGGAAGGGCAAGCAGUGGCUCUCAGCCAGGGAGCUUGGGCUCCCUGCAAACAGUUGCAGGCAUCCCGAUCAUGUCGUUCUUACGAGGAUUCCUUAAGCUUGGCGCUCGGGAAGUUUUCAAAGCCACAGCAGCAGCCUUGGAGCAGAGCAGCAAAUGGAGUGCAGUGUGUAUGUGAACUUAUGUCUAGGUUUUUUUUUUUUUUUUCCUGAUAGGUGGGUUAAUGGAUUUUUAGUACAAAGAGAACUCAAACUCAGCUGACCUGAAAGACUGGAAUUUCAGCUCUCUUCCUUCCCUGGGAUAUUUUUCCUCCCCCUUCCUCUCUAAGCCCUUUAAACCAGAUUACUGGGUCAGUGACUCUUAUUCAGCUCGCCAGUGCCAAGGUUUCCAGCUUGUUUGGCUUGGAAAAGAAAACCACUACCUGAUUAGAGAAGCUCUGGGGGCACAUUCAUCCUGCCAGCCCUGUUGUCAGGAGCCAUCAGCGAGUUUUAUUAAAGGCCCGGGGACUGUCUGAAAGACCUCCUUGUCUGAGCCUGACAUGAAAGGGGACCGGUAAGAUCUGGGGUCACACUUUCGGAACCCUGGCCCUGCCCCUUGGUCUGUGAGUGACAACCGUGGGGGAAACAGGCGCCUUCCUUUGUGGAAGGGACUUUUUGUUGGCCGGAAGUGUGUUGGCCCUGGCAUGAGCUCUCCAGGUGGGGUUGGGCCCGGAGCCCUGCUGCUUCUGCUGCUUCUGCUGCUUCUGGAUGGUGCUGCACCCACUUUGAUCAGCGUGAACCGCGGGCUGAGGGUGAUGAAGGGCAGCUCGGCCUUCCUGACUGCAGAGGAUCUGAAGUUUGCCAUCCCCAGAGAGAAAGACGUAUGCAAAGUGGAGGUUGUGAUGCAUGAGCCCAUAACGCAGAGGGUUGGGAAACUCACCCCACAGGUCUUUGACUGCCAUUUCCUUCCUAAUGAAGUAAGGUAUACUCACAACGGUUGCCCGAUUCUUCAUGAAGACACCGUGAAGCUCAGACUUUACAGAUUUACAGAAACAGACACCUUCACAGAAACCUUUCUCCUGUGGGUCUAUCUCCUGGAACCGGACUGUCACAUCAUCCAGAUGAGGAGCCAUGUGCUGGAGGUGUCUGAAUUCUAUGGCUUGUCCCGAGCGAUUGAUAAGAACCUGCUCCAAUUCGAUUAUGACAGGACGGCUGGCCUGGAGUGCACAGUAAAGCUGGACCCUGUGAGAACUCAUCUGCCAGCCCGUGGCCAGAUGGUUGUGGUAGAACCUCGACCAGAAGGACCUCGUGGAGAUCAGCCACACAGUUUUUUUCCUGAGUCCCAACUGGGAACAGAACUGAAGUGUCCAGACAGAAGCUGUACCCUGGGAUUGAAGAAAAUAGAAAGUCUCAAAGUGAGCUGUGAGGAGUUCCUGCUGAUGGGGCUUCGUUAUCAACACAUGCAACCCCCUUCUCCGAACAUCGAUUAUAUCUCCAUCCAGCUCGACCUCACAGACAGCAGGAGUAAAAUUCUUUACAAGUCAGAGAGUGCGUGGUUGCCUGUCUAUAUCAGAGCUGGCAUUCCAAACCAGAUUCCAAGGGCUGCAUUCAUGGCCAUGUUUAUUCUGGAAGUGGAUCAGUUCAUCCUGACCUCUUUGACUACAUCUGUUCUGGACUGUGAAGAGGAUGAGACCCCUAAACCAUUGUUAGUAUUCAACAUCACCAAAGCCCCCCUCCAGGGCUAUGUCACUCACCUGAUGGAUCACACACAGCCUAUCUCUUCAUUUACCUGGAAAGAUCUCAGCAACAUGCAGAUUGCUUAUCAGCCACCAAACAACAGCCACUCGGAGAGGAGACAUUACGAGGUGGAACUGGAGCUGUAUGACUUUUUCUUUGCAAAAAGUGCACCCAUCACAGUCCACAUCUCCAUCAGAACAGCAGAUACCAAUGCUCCUCGAGUGUCCUGGAACACGGGUCUGAAUCUCCUGGAGGGGCAGUCUCGGGCCAUCACUUGGGAGCAGUUUCAGAUUGUUGACAACGAUAACAUUGAUGCUGUCCAGUUAGUCACCGUUGAUGGCCUGCAGCAUGGACGGCUUACAGUUAGAGGAGGGAAAGGAUUUCUCUUCACUGUGUCAGAUCUUCAGGCUGGCGCUGUCCGCUAUCACCAUGAUGACAGUGACUCCACCAAAGACUUUGUGGUUUUCAGGAUAUUCGAUGGAUAUCACAGCAUCCGUCACAAGUUUCCUAUCAACAUUUUGCCCAAAGAUGACAGCCCUCCCUUCCUUAUAACUAAUGUUGUGAUUGAGUUGGAGGAGGGGCAGACCAUCUCCAUCCAGGGGUCCAUGCUGAGAGCCUCAGACAUGGACUCCAGUGAUGACUACAUCUUCUUUAAUAUCACAAAACCCCCACGGGCUGGAGAGAUCAUGAAGAAGCCAGGGCCAGGGCUGAUUGGCUAUCCUGUCCCUGGCUUCCUUCAGAGGGAUUUACUUAAUGGAAUAAUUUACUAUCGUCACUUUGGUGGAGAAAUUUUUGAAGAUUCUUUUGAAUUUGUCAUGCAGGACAGCCACGAACCUCCAAAUCUCUCGGAGCCACAGGUAGUGAUGAUCCAAGUCACUCCUGUGGAUGACCAGCUCCCACAAGAGGCUCCUGGAGUUUCUCGGCAUUUGAUUGUCAAGGAAACAGAGGUGGCCUACAUAACUAAGAAACAUCUACACUUCCUAGACACCGAAUCACAUGAUGGGGAGCUUCUGUACACAAUAACAACUCCUCCAUUUUUCUCUUUCAGGCACAGACAUUUGGAUGCUGGGAAGCUAUUCAUGGUGGACAGCAUACCAAAGCUAGCUAAAAAUCCUACAGCAUUAGGACUGAAGUCGUUUACUCAGCAUGCUGUAAACUAUUUGAAAGUUGCCUACAUGCCACCCAUGGAAGAUAUAGGCCCCCAUCCUCGACAGGUCCAGUUCACAUUUUCUAUCAGUAACCAACACGGUGGCACUUUGCAUGGGAUCUGUUUUAACAUCACAAUUCUCCCAGUGGACAAUCAGGUUCCUAAGGUGCUCACCAACCACCUGAGAGUGGCUGAAGGAGACCAAUGCAUCAUCAGCACAGAGCACAUUCUGAUUUCCGAUGUGGACACCACGCUGGACAACAUCCACCUCUCCCUGCAGGGGGUGCCUCUGCAUGGAAGGCUAGAGCUAAAUGGAUUUCCUCUAAACACAGAGGAUACAUUUUCUUGGGAAGACCUCCAUACACUAAAAGUUAGGUAUCGACAUGAUGGGUCUGAGAUUCUUCAGGAUGACAUAUGCUUAAAAGUCACAGAUGGCACAAAUUGGACAGAAUUUGUUCUACAUGUUGAGGUGUUGCCUGUAAAUGAUGAGCCACCAGUCCUAAAGACUGGCCUCAUCCCCAUCAUGCAUUGCUCCGAGGGCGGAGAGGUGAUCAUCACUCAGGAAUACAUUUUGGCUACUGACAUGGACAGUGAUGACUUGAAACUGAUGUUUUUGAUUGCCCGAGAACCCCAGCACGGGGUAGUGAGAAAGGCAGGAGUCAAAGUGGAUCACUUCUCUCAGGGAGAUGUUAUCUCAGGAGCUGUGACAUACAAGCACACAGGUGGUGAAGUUGGCCUGGUGCCUUGCUUGGACACCAUUACGUUGGUGGUUUCGGAUCAAGAAGCUGGCCCUUUUGUAAAUGGCUGUUGCUACAAUGGAACUAAUCCAUCUGCUCCUCUUCAUGAGUCCUUUCCAGUGUAUGAUCUCAACAUCACAAUACAUCCAGUAGACAAUCAGCCACCUUCAAUUGCAAUAGGUUCCACGUUUGUUGUAGAUGAGGGGUCCUCAGCCACACUUACCAUUAACCAUUUGUCUGCCACUGACCCCGACACAGCUGCAGAUGACUUGGAAUUUGUUUUGAUUUCUCCUCCUCAGUUUGGCUACCUUGAAAACACACUCCCUUCUGUGGGGUUUGAGAAAAGCAAUACAGGCAUAAGUAUUGCAUCCUUUCAGUGGAAAGACCUGAAAGCUUUGCACAUUAACUAUGUGCAGUCCAGGCAUCUGAGGAUAGAACCCACCGCCGACCAGUUCGUGGUGCAUGUCACGGAUGGGAAACGAUGCUCCCGGGAGGCACUGCUUUAUGUUGUGAUCAACCCCACCAAUGAUGAAGUUCCUGACUUCGUAGUACAGAAUAUCAGUGUGUGUGAGGGUCAGAUGAUGGAGCUGGACUCGUCCAUCAUCAGGGCUGCUGACCUUGACAUCCCCAAGGACUUCUUACUGUUCAGCAUUCUUCAUAAGCCACGUCACGGCUUCCUGGUCGACAGGGUCAAUAGCAAAGACUCACUUCAGAAUAAGCAGCUGGCCAGCCCUGACCAGAAACACGAAGUAGUUCACAACUUUUCCAUGGACCUCUUCAAGUCUGGACUGAGGCUGACAUACGUGCACGAUGACUCGGAGAGCCUUGCUGAUGACUUUUCCAUCCAGCUGUCAGACGGGAAGCAUGAGAUACUUAGAACCAUUUCAGUAGAGGUUACCCCGGUGAAUGAUGAGAAACCAACUCUGAGCAAGAAGGCUGAGAUUGCAGUGAACAUGGGAGAUACUCGUAUUCUUUCUAGUGCUGUUCUUUCUGCUGUAGACAAAGACACACCCAGGGAGAAGAUUUGCUAUUUAUUUGAAAGAUUUCCCCAAAACGGGCAACUCCAGCUUAAGAUAGGGAGGGACUGGGCUCCCCUCUCCCCGGGCAUGAGGUGCACCCAGGAGGACGUGGAUCUGAACCUGCUGAGAUACACACACACUGGGGCCCUGGAUUCCCAGAAUCAAGACAGCUUCACCUUCCACCUCUGGGAUGGUGACAACAGAUCACCUGCGUUUGAUUGUCAUAUCGUCAUCAAGGACAUGGGAAAAGGUGAUUUUGUCAUUAUUGCAAAGCCACUUGUGGUGUCUAAAGGUGACAGAGGCAUCUUGACAACUACCACUCUCUUGGCUGUGGAUGGAGCAAACAAGCCUGAGGAACUGCUCUAUGUCAUCACCUCCCCACCGCAAUAUGGCCAGGUGGAAUAUGUCCACUAUCCUGGAGUUUCCAUUACAAGCUUCAGCCAAAUGGACAUAGCAGGACAGACAGUCUGCUAUGCGCAUAAGAGCAAGGUGGCUUCCCCCAGUGACAGCUUCAGAUUCCUCGUCAGCAAUGGACUGUGGACCAAACAUGGAGUGUUUGAGAUCACACUGAAGGCUGAGGACAGAGCUUUGCCGAUGGUGACUAAGAACAAAGGGCUGAGGCUGGCCAAAGGGGCUGUGGGUGUGCUUUCCCCAGAGCUCCUGGAGCUGACUGACCCUGACACACCUGCCGAGAACCUCACCUUCCUCCUGGCCCGGCUCCCACAGCACGGCCAGCUCUAUCUUCGAGGGGCAGUGCUGCUUCAGCAGAGUUUCACGCAGAGGGACGUGGACAGCAGGAAUGUGGCCUAUCAGCACACAGGAGGUGACUCGCAGGUUGAUUAUUUUACCUUUGUGGCCACAGAUAGGACAAACCAAGGCUUCGUGGUGGAUGGGAGAGUCUGGAAAGACCCUGUUCCGUUCACCAUUCAGGUGGACCAGUUGGACAAAACAGCACCCCGAAUCACUCGCUUGCAUUCGGCUUCCCAAGUGGGACUCCUCAAAAAUGGCUGCUACGGGAUUUAUAUCACUUCCCAUGUGCUGAAGGCAUCAGAUCCUGACACCAAGGACGAUGAGAUUAUCUUUAAGAUUUUACGAGGUCCACUUCAUGGACAUCUGGAGAACACAACAACAGGUGAAUUUAUCUGUGAGCAAUUUAGCCAAAAGGACUUAAACAGUAAGACCAUUCUUUACAUCAUAAACCCAUCUUUGGAAGUAAAUUCAGAUAUCGUGGAAUUUCAAAUCAUGGACCCCACAGGGAAUUCUGCUACUCCUCAAAUCAUAGACACAGAGAAGUUUUCCUGCAGCUGUGGCAGUAGAUUGAUGUUGCCUCACCCGCUUGACCUUUCAUCCCUGGUGGUGAUUGAGGACCUCGCCUUUAGAAGAGGAUUAAUGUUUUUAAAUAACCCUACAAGUUACGUGAGAAACUACUUACUGUAAUUAUAACCUUAACUGUUUCAGGAGGCUGUUUUGAAUAGGCACCUGCUUGCACUGGCCAUCAGGUUUUAUGUACCUAUCUAUGCUGAAGAACAUUCUGAGUCAACCAGAAAUAAGUAGAACCAAAGGAACAAAAUGCCAUAGCAUUUGGUAUUAUCACGGAGUGGUGCAAAAUGGCUUUGACUCUGACACAGUUUAGGUUAUUGUUCUUAGUGUGGGCUUGGGAGCUAGAAAUUAUUCAAUGUUUAUCUUCAUAAUUUAGGGAUUUAAUAGUUGCUUCCAACAAAAGCAGAUGUUUUCUAGGACUGGAUGCAUAUUUCCUAGUAAAAAAAUGUUAGGAAUGGUAGCAGUUUGACGUCUCAAGGCAAUAAGCAAGAGUCUACUACAUGUACAAUAUGCAGCAUAUUUGCUAUUUAAGUGUUUGUUCUAUUUUAUGCUAUUCGUAUAAUCACUGCUAAUACUUACAAGUUAGAUACCAUUGUAAUCCAGAAUUUGUACACGAGGAUACUGAGGCACACAGUGGGAAGUGACUUUUCUGUGUUCAUGAAGCUAAUUAGUGAAGGAGGUACGAUCCCACCCAGCAAGUGAGCUUUUGAGCAUAUUACUUCCCUCGUGACUGCUAUCAAACUUCUUACCUCUUCUUAAUGACUGCUAAGGCUGCCGAGGAAAUAGAGCAACAGAUUUACCAUCCUCUUUUUUCAGAAGAUUUUGGCUACCCAGGAAUAAGAAAGAAGGGGUACUUACCUUAAAGUUUAGGGUUUUUUAAAAAACGUGAAUUACAAGUGUCAUUAUUAGUGUGUGCACCGUAUCUAAUAUCCUGGGAAACAUAGUGUAGAUAAUAAACAACUGGAUUUGGAGCUGCAGGUCAGAGUGAGCUUUAGCUCUGCCAUUCUGAUUAUUCAAGCCUUAGUUACUUCAUCUGUAAAGUGGGAACAAAUCUCAUAAUCUCUUUUUAGAGAAACAAGUGAGAUAAAAUAUAUGAGCACAUCUUCUGUAUUUGAAAUCCUUAAAGAACACAGUGCUUGAGAUUACUAUUGUUAAUUCAUGUGGGAAUUCAUGUUAAUUCAACCGUUUGAAGAACUAUGCUGAAACAGUCAGUGGAUUAGAAAACCCACCUCUAAUUAGAAAUUGAUUCUGAGAUAAUUCACAAAGUGAACAAUCAAUGUGGUUGUUCAUCAAAGAGCUAAAUGUGAUGCUUUGCUAUUGCAGCAUUUCUAUGCAGGAUCUCCUGAAAGAUCAAUGUAUGUUCCAUUUUACAAAAUGUUACAAAAUGUUGGUUUAGGUGAGAUUAAUCAAGCUGUUGCCAGCUGACUAGCUUGUGUGCUUACUUAACUGCACCACAUUCCAGAAUCUUUAAGACGUUUGUAUGCACUGGCAAUCUCUGAAAGAGGGACUCACUGUGCAGUAUCAGUCUAAUGCUAUAGAACCCUCUCUACCUCCUCACAACCAGAAUAGUACAGGAAACAAGUUCUUCAUGGAGCACGUUUGGAAAACACUUCAUUACAACUAAAAAUUAUUUUAUAACACUGAAAUUCACGGACAUUUCCAUAAAGAUCGAGUUUGGCUGAAGCCUAAAAUUCAGGCACUGUGCUAGGUGCUCCCACAUGUUGUCUCAUUUGACCUACAAAUCAGUCCUCCAAGGGCAAUAAGGAAAUCAAGCCUAAGCAUUUAGUAACUAUCCCAAAGUCACCAGAAGACAGCCCUCAGAGAGUCCAUCUCACUGGCUCGUGCCUUGUGGAAAGUGACUCCUAAGUCCUACCUGAAUCUCCAAGGUGACCUUCAAAGCUUCCAAAGUUACACAGAGCACAUGUCUCACCAAAUGUAGCUUUGCAGAUCACAGAAGGCACACAACUUUGACCAAGGCAUGCUCCCUAUCAUAGCUUUCAUGUGUGUACACUGAACAGAUUUCCAGAGGGAAGCUGAUCCAUGCUCACAUUCUCUGUGACUCGGUGGCUGCUUCUCCAAACCCUCAGACUCUUGUUCUCUCUUUGGAAACCCACAUCCUAUCUGUGGUGUUGUUCGUUUCUGACCUUGAAAGGGAAGGUUCAAGGGAAAUAGGAGAGAAAGAAAAUCUCUAAGGCAGAGCUUGCAAUGUUUUAACAGCUUUUAUGAAACACCUUGUAGGCGGAGAGGUUGGAACUACUGGCUCACUAAUGCCUGCAUAUUACCUGCAAGCGCCUUACCUCUGCAAGCCAAGAGUUAACAUGUGUGUCUCCAGGCUAGAUCUUGGGGAGGCACAGAGGAAGGGAAAGAAAACAACACUUGUUAAGCACCCACUGUGUUCAGGUGCUGAAUACAUAUUAGCUGAUUUUAAUUCCAAUCAUUUGACGUGAGUGUAAUUCUCCUCAUUUUAAGAUAAUGAAAACUGAAGCCCAGAGAGACAGAGGAACUGACCAUAUUCACACAGUAAUAAGUGGCUGCAAGGUGUGUUUGAUUCCAGAGUGGUUGUUUCAGGGACUCACUAUGCUAACUCUUAGAGAAACACGAUUUCCCCAUUAUCGAGAGAAACUGGGAACACUGCAAACACAGGUGUUCAAAGCAUUAGAUCGUGGAGCUUAGUAGCAUCGUCUUAACUGAUAAGCCUGAGACUGAAUAUUUGGAAGAAUGUAUUUUAAUGUUUUGAUUUUUGCAAGACAUGUGUUAAUAAUAAAGAUCUAGCUGUAAGAAGAAUAGUCACAAUUUUAGCCUUUAUAAAAUCUUUAUUGAGAAGCUCAAAGUACUUGUAGAGCCCUUAUCGAGGCUCACUCAAGCCCUUUGAAGUUUGGAUCUCACUGACAUUACACUUUGGGAAGGCAGAAAACUGAGGCUUAGAGAAUUUAAGUACCUUUUCUCACUCAUGACAUUAUCACCCCAAAUCUCAAACUGGUGUUUGAACCCCAAAUGUUUUCUUGGGUUUUUUUUUUUUUACUUAAUUAUCCCUUCAUAUAAAUGAUUCAAAACUGGGCUUGAUGGUGCAUGUCCAUAAUCUCAGCACUUGGGAGGUUGAGGAAGGAGGGUCACCCACACAGCAGGACCCUAUCUCAGAACAACAACAAAAACAACAAUGUAAUAAUUAAAUUGAGUAGACACAAAAUAAAAUAUCAGACAGUACAAAGUUUUUUGCUCUAACACAGGGCCUUUCAAUCAUGGCACUGUUGGCAUUUUGGGACAAAUAUUUCUUUGGGCCAAUGUCGUGAGAUCAGCAUUUCUGAUGUUCUGUCCACUGAGGGCCAGUACCUCCCCUUGCUAAUUGUGACAAGUGAACACUGUCUCCGGACAAAGUCUUCUAGCCUUGCAUUUUUUUCAAGGUAUAGAAAUGAUUAUGUUAAUAAGGUUGGGUGAAAGAUUUGUUGGUCACUGUCUUAGUCAUUUCCCUCAUUGCGAAGACUCAAUACCAGACACUAAUAAAUGCAAGGAGGAGGUUUAUUUUGGCUCAUGUUUUAGAAGCUUAAGUCUUUGCAUAGUCAGAUGUCUUAGUGGAAGGGCUUAGCUUGGGAAAACUGCUCAACUCACAGCAAGAGGGAGUGCAGAGAGGAUCAGGGAAAGGAGAUACAGCAUACCAGGUCGCUCCCCACCUUCUACCAGACCGCACCUUAUAAGAGCAAGAUGACUGUACACCCCCACAACCCACUCACCUUUCAACUCCUGCCUGUGAGCUCAUGAGGUUUCAGGGGACAUCUAGCUAUAAAACACAAUAGUCAUCAGCGCUCAAGAAGUACAGGCCUAAAUAAGAUUCAUUUGGACAGAGGAUAUAGCUUAGUCAUAGGACAUUUGCCUAAUAUGUGCAAGGCCCUAUGUUAGACUCCCCAGCACUGUGAAUAAUAAAAAGUUCAAUUAUCAAAUAUUUGCUGAACACUUACUCUGUCCUACACCCUUGGCAGGGGAUUUGGGAAACAUUUGUGAACCAAAGACUCAUGUUUCCUUGGUGCGUAGCUACUGUCUAAGUAAACUAGACAGUAUGUUGCAUAUCUUGUGUGCUUUGGAAUGGAAAGAUUGUCAGGAUAAGGGGCACUGAAGGCAAGAGCUUUGCUAAUGAGGUUUCAGUGUUAAACUGGGAGUCUAAACAGCUUUUUAAAUGCCUGACUACUUAGAGCUGUUGAGCAGCAGAAGGAUGCUGGAGACCUCAUGGCGUCUAACCCAAUUUUAAUUUCACUCCUCCAUGCUAUGUCUUCUACCCCCCAAGUAAUUGUUGGAAAUGAAAGUUUAGCUUUUACUUUGAAUUGGUUUUUCUGUCGCAAUGAUAGGCUUUAGGUAGUGUUCUGCUUAAAAGCUGUAAUUCUCCCCUGGUGGUGAGUCUUUUUCAAGGGACAUUUGGCAAAUCUGGAGACAGUUUUGGUGGUUGUGGCAAAGGAAAGCGUGCCAGUGUAUCAGUGUGUGGAAAACAUCUGAGCGCACAGGACAGCUUCCCGCUGCAAAGAAUUAUCUGGUUCAAAAAUGUCAGUUGUGCUAAGGUCGAGAGCCCAAAUUCAGGGCUUAAAAGGUUAUCACCUCCCAUUAAAAAAUGUGAAAAGUUUGCCAAAUGGGAUUCACAUACAAGUGCUGGUAAACUUUAUUUCUAUAGAAUGAACUUUACUCAGUGGAGAACAGAGGGAUUGUCAAAAGAUGAAGACAUGAACCAAUCUUUAUUCUCUAUGCAUCCAGUAUUUCCCAGGUUGCUUCCACUGGCUCCUUUCAUCUGGACAGUUACUGAUUUUCAAACAUGCAGUUGUGUAGCUUCUUGCACAAAGAAUUCUCAAGUGAUCAUUUGUAUCUCUUGAUAUUCUUCCAGGUGUUUGUGUAGGCUUUAAGCUGUCACAAUCUCAGCCUAGAAAGAUCUCAGAUACACUAUUACAAAAAACAAAAAUCACAUUCAAGCAUAUGUGACACAUAUCCUGUAGGUAUGCAAGGGCUUUGCUAUUUAAAUAUUUUUCUGGGAAAUAUAUAGCUUGACUUAAAUUUCAUGGCCUUUCAAUAGAUCUUUAUUAUUUAUAGUGAAUGGUUUAAAGGAAAUAAGUAGAACAUUGUGUAAUGACAACCUUAACCUGUAAGUAUUAUGCAGCUUUGUGAUGGUGGGUGAGGAAACCCACACGGAUUCCCAAAUACUCAGGCCCGCUGUGCUUUGAAGCAGAACAGCCUUUUGCAUCUAGAUUAGCAAACAAACUGCAUUUCAUUUUAGGUCUUGAGGUUACUUGGAUCAGUGUUGAAGGAGUUGUGUUCAUGAUGGCUAGCAUGAGCAACUGAUAGAUUCUGAGAACUGGACAUUAAAGCUCAUUGGGAUCUUACUUAGACUCAACUCAAAACCAUCCGGAGUUAUCUAUUUCACUCCUUUCCCCUGCCUGCCCUUCCUUCCCAUUACAUCUUGCUGUCUUCUCCCCCAACUCCUCUUGCUGAUAACUUCUUCUAUGCAAUUACCUGGAGCCUUCAGGAGUUUUUUUGGCAUUUAUGAUAUCCGUGUUGGGUAUUAUCGUAUAAUUCUUUAGCAUAGUUAUUUUAUUCAUAUUUCUUGAUAAGUAUCAUGCUAGAUUUAAUUUCAGUUGCAUCAAAUACUAUUAGGGUCCCAAUAUUUUUAAUACAAGGGUCUUCUCACGUCCAAAACUUUUAUGAAGUAUACAGUAACCACAUUAUAACACUGGUCUGUUGACUAAAUAAAUGUGUCUGACCACAGAGAUGCAUGUACCUGUAGUAAGUCCGUACUCCCUGCUACCCUGUCCCCCAGCCCGUGACCCUCACGUAUGAACCAGUGAUACUGAUUUUAUUUUGCUCCAGAAGUGACUGUGAUCAUGAUCCAUUUGAGGACACAACGUGGUAGAUUGAGGCUAACCUUCCUUUCUGAUCCCCAGACAGGUCUGGAGAGCCUGUGAAAAGUGUGAAUGCCUGGUUUGUACAAUUGGCCCAAAAUUGUAGUUACGAAAAAAAGUUGUAAAAGGUAGAUUUUAAAAUUGUGAGGAAAAUCUAAAUCUGAUUGGAAGUUUGGGAAGGAUAACAAGGCAAUAACCAUUGGGGGUCUUGAAAUUCUAGAAUAAAAGAGAAAUGAAUAAAACAAAAGCAAUGUUGAGGCCCUCAACAAUCAGUAUAGAGCUUGUGUUUUUGUAUCGUUGUAUUAGAUGGUAAAAGAGGACAAAAAUGGUAAGACCAUUUGAGAGAAGUAUGUAAGUGAGAUAGUUUAAGUACUCUUACCUUAAAAAGGAAAAUAUUUCAGAGAAACAGUUAAAUCGUGCUGCUCUGUUUAAGCUCAGUCGAGAAGAAUCAUGAUGAAUUUCAGUUGGAAACAGGAAUGGUAAAGGAGGAAUAAAUGGUUUGGUAUCAGAUCUGUGCUUGAAUUUCAUUUCUGCUACCUAUUAGCUUAUUUAUUUAUUUAUUUUAUGUUUGAGCUUGUUAUUUAACCUCCCUAAGGCUCAAUUUUGAUUUGUUUCCUUCUUUGGGAAAAAAUAAAGUUCCUCUCUAGCUGAUGAGUAUUAAAAGAUAAUUCCUAUCAAAUGUUGAACUUACUAAAUACAGAUUAAAAGAUCACCUCCUAUUUAUUAGGUUUAUUCAGUUGCAUGUGGUUGAUCUUCCAUAUCCCUCAAGUUCUACAGAUUCUGCCAGCAAUAGAUUAAAAAUUAUCCAGAAAAAAAUAGUUUCAUCUGCACUAAACAUGCACAGAUUUUUUUCCUUGUCAUUACUCCCUAACCAACACAGUAUAACAACAACUUCAUAGAAUGUUCAUUAUAUUAGGCAUUGUAAGUAAUUUAGAGAUUAUUUAAAGUGCACGAGAGGAUAGGCAAGGUUAUGUGCAAGUAUUAACACCGUUUUAUAUGAGGGGUUUGAGCAACUGCAGGUAGAUUUUGGUGUCUUUGAGGUGGGUAGUGCUAGAGCCAGUCCUCCAAGGACACUGAGGAGCAGCUAUAAUUGUAGCCAAACUACUCACCAGUGUAGGUCUUUUCUUCUCUUUUCUCUUUUUUCUUUCUUUCUUUCUUUCUUUCUUUCUUUCUUUCUUUCUUUCUUUCUUUCUUUCUCUUUCUCUCUCUCUCUUUCUUUCUUUCUUUCUUUCUUUCUUUCUUUCUUUCUUUCCUCUUUUUCUUUCUUUCCUUUUCUCUCUUUCCUUGUUUACUACCAAUCUACACCUCUAACCCUAUAGCAGUUACACAGAUAACAGUUACAAGACGUACAUCGUAAUUCCUAGGCACAUCCUGAAAGAUAAUGCUUUAAACUGAACAAAGGUUCUGAGAAGAUGCGUGUUUGGAACAGAUCUUGUUGUACUCAGGAGGAGGGCCAAAAGAUAAGAUUUCACAUUAAUGUCUUCCUAAAAAUAAGUGGCUCCUUGAACUUAACUACAGCUGGUUUCUUUCCUUGAAAGCACUUACGUUUGAGUCUCUUUUAUUUUGUCAGUAGUAACUGUGAGAUUUUCUACAAUAUUUUCCUCUUAGUUUCUUCAUUUGUAGCAUAAAAUUCUAAUCUUUUCUGUGUCUCCCCACCAGGGUUAUGGUGAGGAUCAAAUGAGAUAAUGUUAGUGAAAGUCCACUGGAAACUAAAGUCAUCAAAUAAUUGUAAUGAAUUUCUGUGUUGGGUGUAUUGUUGCCACCAUGAUGGAAACCAGUAACUCUCCCAUAAAGCAGGAAAUCCCACCAGAAGUUUAUUGUGCAUAUUUUGUAUUAGUCCCUGUAAUCUCUUUGUUCCUCUC